CCACAGCAUGAUUUUAGGGUCUCUUGAUGCUAAUGACAGAGUGACGUCUACUAUAAAAGCUCAGAAAUAAAUGUUGUGACACGCAUGCAGACCAUCACCCACACACACACAACCAGCACAUGGCAGCAGGAUCAAUCAUGUACAUCCAUCCUUGACUUAACACAAAAAGCUGCAAAAAAAAAAGACAACAACUUUUUCUUCAUGAAAACAGGAUUGCAGGGAUGAGGCAUGUGACAUUAUGGCUUUCACAAAACAUUUUCCAGGCAAGUCUUUAGUCAAGAAAGACAAGCACAAUGGUGUAAAAUGUGUUAGAACCAACAGAUGAUGUAGAUUAUUUGUGGCUGCAGAAAGCAGCCAGCAUUUGUUCACUUCCGUUUUUAAACAAAACCACAGACAGAUUGGCAUUGCAGCACAUAAAUCUUUAUGUGCUUUGAAUGCUGUUUUUGCGCUGAGUGAGAUGGUAAGAUAGCUGAGUUUGGAUUGCAGUCUAAACCUCUCCUGCUGUAAUUAGCAAGAAAACAUCAUGAAGUCAUUUGGAAAGCUUUUCUUUUCACUGAUGGCUCUACUCAUGAUCACCAGCACAGUUUACAAAAAGACGAGCGGAGCACGCUGUGCACGCCCUCAUAUACGAUCAGAAGGAACUUCUUGUUUAUCUGUGCAUCAACACGGGGGGGAGAGAGGGUGUUAUCUCUGCACAGCACCACAGUGAUGUGGACAUCCGCCGAGGAGAGCUGCUCGCUCUUCAGUGCUGCAGAUGUAUUUGACAAAGGGAAUAGGGCAGAUAGAAGCUUCUAGAUCUACUCAGUUUGUCUCUGAUCAUUAAAUAACAACCAGAUGCAGAGAGAAAGUUACAAGUCUUCCAAAGAAGUGAGCUUUGGAGCAUUCCUUUAAACUCCAAAGGACCUUUGUGGAGUCACUGAGAGGAACCGUAAAGGACGGCUGAGACAACAAGUUGGCGGUUUUCCUACAUCAUAUGUUCUGGGACUGGAAUUUAACAAACAUGGAAUCAAACAGCUGCACCACAGCAGACGUGGCCAGACACUCGUCUCUGCCGGAGGACUGUGUUGAUGAAGAAACCAUGCGCAUCCCACUGGCGGUGCUCUACUCUCUAAUCUUCCUUGUGGGCCUUGUUGGGAAUAUUUUGGCUCUCUGGGUUUUCUUUUGUGUUCAGUCUACCAAAAACUCAGUGCACGUGUUUCUUUUAAACGUUGCCUGUGCCGAUCUCCUGCUGAUCUUUUGCUUGCCCUUCAGGAUCCUCUAUCACAGCCAUGGUAACACCUGGACACUGAGUCCAAUCUUGUGUAAUCUAGUUGGUAACCUGUUCUACAUGAACAUGUACAUCAGCAUCACACUACUGGGGCUGAUCAGCGUGGAUCGCUACUUAAAGAUGCACAACAGAGCUGGCAGGCGCAGGCUGCUGUCUACAAAGAGGAGCGUCUUUCUUUGUGCUGUAAUCUGGACUGUAGCUUUCCUGUUUUUUUUGCCGUACAUGAUCUUCCAGAGUAACACAAGGCCAGGCAGAUGUUUCCACUACAAAAACCUCAAUGAAGACAAGUGGAAGGCCUACAUCAACAUUUGUGGGGUGCUCACCUUCUGGUCGGUAUUCAUUUCUCUAAUGGUGUCUUACGGAAAGAUUGCCCUGAAACUUCUAAGAAGAUCACAAGAGAAUCCAGACCUUCCCAGUUCACCCAGUUUUUUUCAGAAUGCCAGAAAGUCCUUCUUCAUCCUCCUUGUCUUCACCAUCUGUUUCUUGCCUUAUCACAUGGUCAGGCCUUUCUACAUAGCAACCCAGAUCCAACCCACUUCCCUUUUCUGGAGGAACGUAGCUAAUACAACCAACGAGUUGACUUUGGUGCUUAGCGCUCUGAACAGCUGCCUGGACCCCGUCAUGUACUACCUGCUGUCCUCCUCUGUGAGGAAGGAAGUGUUGAACUUGGUGAGCAGAGUCUUUUGUCUGCCGCAUGCUCCUGAAGUCAGUGCAACCAGCUACACUGCUGAUAUGGAUGGUAGGAAGACCACAGAUACACCAAAUCAACUCUCAUCAGCUAAGUUACAAGAAAAUAAAAGCUGAACUGCA